UGUAAAUGGGAAUCAAAGCCACAUCACACUUCCGCCUCCCUGGAACUUACGUAACGAAAGCGAAGCACGGUUUGCGUGACGUAAGGACGCACUGCGCUGUCGCUGAUUGGCUCAAAGCACAAGAGUUGAAGGUUGAAACUACUGUCGAAGCUGUCAAGAGUCUCGGAUAUGUGAGAAACAUGAGCGGUACAGUUUGUCAAAUUAGACUAAGUGAUGAUCCAGAUACUCCGUACUUCCUGCGAGUGGACUGGGCCAUAGACCUGGGUGCUGGUUUCACAUUAGCUCUUACAAAUGGCAGCUCAGCAUGGAUUGGAGAAGUUUCAGAGGAUGAUAUGACAAGGGAAGCCAAUGACAUAGGAGUCCCAAGAGAGAGAUAUGUUGAGGAUCUUCUUCAAGCCCUAACAAAAAGUGGAGGAGGAAGAAGCGAAGACAAGGAGAUGUAUACCUUUGGCCUCUCUCCUGAUCGCCGUUGUCUCUUGUAUGAGAAGACUUGUAAUGAUAUUUCGGUGCACUUGGGCUCUGUGGAGCUCCAGCCAUCUCCAGACCCUCUGGAGCUGACCUGUGAGAUGAUUGGACAGUCCCUAAAGCGCAGCACAGAUCUGGAGACAGAAAACUCGCGAUUGUUGGAGCAAAACUGUAAAUUGAAGCAGGAUCACCAGCGAAUACUCGGACAGCUCAAGCAUCAGGUUCAGAAAAAGGAAGCGUUAGAGAGGGAACUGUACUCACGUUUUGUCAUGGUGCUGAACGAGAAGAAGGCCAAGAUCAGAGGUCUGCAGGAGGCUGUCAAAGGGCUUCGAAACUUGGACGACCAUCCGAGCGACGAGGAGGGUGUACAAAGGAUUCAGUUUGUGGGCGUUACAGGAAACACUUCGUCUUCUGUAAGUUCUUUCAGUGACAAUCUCACAACUCAAGGUGAAGGCAGUCCGGACAGAGGAGAGGAGACCAGUCAGAGCAUCCAACCCUCUCUGGAGCCAACUAUCCUCAUUACAGGACGUAAUCUGGUCUGGGAAGGGAUCCCCGUUGACCGGACUUUUUCUGAUGAUGAUGAAGAUGAGCAACCAAAAUGGAAGCGUAGGUUGCUUCACACCUCGAGCCCACGAUCUUCUGAACAACUUUAAAUUCCUCCUUUUCAAGAAAUAGAUGGCGCCCGGGACUAUUCACGAACAUUUUAAUGAGCAGGUUUUCUCUGCUUGCUAUCUUGCUAUGUGGCAGGCUAGUUCCAGCCACACACGACCAAAACAGCGACAGCCGGGCAGCAGUGUCCUGGAAGUGUCUUCAGAUUAUGAUGCAAGGGUCUCUCCUAGAUUGUGAAAGUGAAUUCAGAAAGCCAGAGCACGUCACAGCAUCUGGAUUGCUUUAACUGUGACAAUUACCUACCACAUCUCCUAAGAGACUAGUUGCUUUACAGUAAAGGGGUGAAAAGCAGUUACUGAUACAAUCAUUUCCCAAAUUCUCUCCAUUCUGUGUUGCUGUAAAGAUUUUUCCCAGAUGUGUCAGUGGCCAUGCGAUAACAGCCACUUAACACUGUCUGGGACUAUGUCAGGAACUAAAAGUGUUUCUGCUAAUAAGCUGAAGAACUCGGUAGAGAAUCUGGAGCACGACUACGGAAGCAAUUUACGAAGAGUCUCACUUUUCCCUGAGCUUGAAUUUGACUCCAGCUGUAGUCAGAUCUCAGCUCAGUGUGAGAGUGAAGAAAAAGGGGGUCAACAUGCUACACCCAGAAAAAAAGGGUGUCACAACCAGGGAACUAUAACUACUUUCUUAAUGCUUAAUGUCCUGCUGAUGUUUUCCUCCCUCUUUCUAUUAUGAAAACAAACUCGAAACCGUCUCUUUCAUUUUAACUUUCAAAACUAGCAUUUUGCAAAAGAUAAUUUGGCCCUUAAUCUUUUUUUCCCUCUUUUUCACGCAGCCUUUUAUUGUGUAGAUAUUAUGUGGCCCAAACUACCUGAGGGUUGAUUUUCAGGUUAAUGAGGUUAUUUUGUCUUUAAGCUUCUUCACUUGCCUUAACAUCUGCUAUCAGCUUUAGGUUCUUAGUUCAUCGCCGUGUGUUUUCAAUGAGACAGUAAUGAAGCUUUGGAUUAUUUGACCCUUUCAUCUGAAUCCUGGACCUUCUUGCUGCUGCUUUUGAUGAUACCUUUAUGUCUGUUGAAAACCACAGGUGGCCACCGGGAUUAUCCCGCUAUAUGUUCUUGGUGGUUUUAGUAAUCCCCACUGGAAUGUCACACUGUCUGUUUACAUCUCAUCAAUAAAGUAUUCUGAAAGCAAAACAAAGAAGAGUAUCAAAGGUUAAUUUACAGAUGAAUGCAUGACAACGUGCGGUGGACAAUGAGCUUACGCUGAAAAGGAGACAGUGCUGAAUAUUUAAGACAUUUCCUUUAUUACAAUGCGUACCGGUAGUUGUUUGAUUCAAAAUGCUCCAAAGCAAGAUCUCGUCCUGUUUUUGGAAUAAAAGCUGAUAAUUCGCUUUUAAUUUGGUAAAACCUGCUGUAA